AUGGCCAAGUCCCAACGAUCGAGCGUCACGAAGGCCAACAACCAGCGGCUCAAGAAGAAUGUUUUUGGCCCAGUAGAGGCGGCAAGGCAACAGCGCCUGUCGGCGCGCCUUCUCGAGAUCGCCUCGCAGCCCAAACCUGUACCUGAGGAGGAAAUGAAGGAUACAACCGAGCAGGCUGAAUCAGAGGAGACUAAGGCUGCUGCUAAGACAAAGCCAGAAGACACAGCCAUGGAAGUCGACCAGCCGUCAAAGUCCACCAAGUCAAAGAAGGGCAAGAUUGUGAAGAGACGAGGCCGAAAAUCCAACAUUGUCUUCCCCAAAUUCGGAGACCGAAACAAGAAGAAGAGGUGA